AUGAUGCCCUCAUGUGACCCUCACACGUCUUCUGCGCGCACAAGACUGCGCUUACAUCCUUUUCAUCGUUAUUUUCUUCUUCUCGUUGUCUUAUUUCAGCUCUCAACUCUUUUUUCUUUGUCCUCUGCGAGCUCCAAUGUUUUGCCUUCCUCUUCUCCAGUCUUCGCCCUCUCCAAAGCAGAUCUCUGCGCUCUCGACAUCGAUCAGUCGCGGUAUGCACUAGAUUUGGUCCAGGUUACUCCCGAGUCAUCCCCAACACGAAACGCUGGCGCUUUUCCAAAGAUUUUCUGCUUUGUGAACACAAUUUCAGUGCAUCACAAGACCCGAGCUCGAGCUGUGGCUGAGACGUGGGGGCAACGCUGCGAUAAGCUCAUGUUCUUCAGUAAUACAACGGACAGAAUUGUGGUGGGGGCAGGUACAGCCAAGGAGCUGCGCUAUGACGUCAUCAAGAUGGACGUUAUUGCAGACCAUAACCAUCUGUGGCAGAAGCAUAAGGCGACGCUACGUUACAUACACGAGCAUUUCCGACACGAAUAUGACUGGUUCUAUAAAGCGGACGAUGAUGCGUACAUUAUUCUAGAAAACUUGAGGCAGUAUUUGAGAAGACCGGAGAUCAUGCAGACGUACAAGCAAGAGCCCAUGCAAAUGGGACACAGGUUUAACUUGACGCAGGAUUUGGUGAGCUACUAUGUCGUGGACAACUCGUUGGAAACCAUUUGGAGGUCGCGAUGGGACAGGUGGGUGUUUAACUCCGGUGGACCCGGAUAUAUUAUGAAUCGUCUGUAUCUGGACAAGAUUGUGAGUACCUUGCCGGAAUGGACGUGCUUAUCAGACAGAUACAGUGAAAUGCUGCCAGAUGAUGCAUCGAUUUCGUUCUGCAUGAUGUGGUAUGACGUUUUCCCAUGGGAUACACGCGACCUGCUAGGACGGGAGCGCUGGCACGCUGAUGCACCAAGCGGCGUCUACUUCGUCGACCCGAAUCGAUCGGACUAUUGGUAUGUGCAAUACCAUCAGCACGUCGGUGGCGUGAGGCAGAAACAAGAAAGUGCUGCACCUGAUAGCGUCGCCUUCCACUACAUCAGACCGGCGCUCAUGUACCAUCUCGAACGGACAUUAUACCUCUGUCGCACUGGAGACGAUGUGCCCGACAUUGCUGCUUUCAAUGAGAAGUAUGAUCUCACUCUAGGCGACAGCGUCAUGAUGUACCAAGACGUGCUGCAGUAA